AUGGAACCAAAAUGGCCGCGUUCCGGCAAUGAAGCAAACAAUUUUACCGAAAAAGACAAUGAUGUAAAUAUUAACUUUAUUAAUAACUGGGCAAAGGGCGAGAUAAAUUCUAUAAAUUCAGGAGCACUAACUGAAUUUGAUCCCAGUUAUGUAAAUAAAAAAGAAGACAGCCUCAGUAUGACGGACAAGGAACAAGAAGAAGAAAGCAAUGAAGAAGCCAUUGAGUUUGUCAAUGAUAUAAUUUUCGAGCAAGUAAAACCUGUCGCUGAUUUUACCUUCAAUUUAGACGGUGAAAUUGACUCUAAAAAUAAUUCCGAGGCUCCAAAGCGACCUGAUAGUCUUUUUGAUGCGCCAAUCAAGAAUCAGCAGCUGGCAAAUGGCACCAAUAAAUGUUUGAGAGUGAAGUUCAGCUCUAAGAAGCGGAAGAAGUCUUCCAGAUCGAAGAAAGAAAUCAGCAAGGAGCAGCCAAGCCCGUCUUCAAUUUCUACUUCUAGCUGCUCGCCAUCAACAGGAGUGAGUUCUGAUGAAGACAAUUCUAGUUUUGAGCAGUUCGCGGAAGCGCGUCCGCCUGACGGAGGCUGGGGCUGGGUGGUCGUCGCGGCGGCUUUCAUGGUCAACUUAAUAGCCGACGGAAUCACCUUUUCAUUCGGAGUAAUUUAUGUGGAGUUUCUGAACUACUUCGGCGAGGGAAAGUCCAAGACCGCGUGGAUCGGGUCGUUGUUCAUGGCGAUGCCGCUGCUGUCGGGACCGGUGGCGAGCUUUUUGACGGACCGCUACGGAUGUAGAAGAGUGUCUAUCGCAGGAAGUAUCCUGGCGACGUUGGGGUUCGUGAUAAGCUCGUUCACCAGCUCGAUGGGCGUGCUGAUCUUCACUUUUGGAGUGGUAGCAGGUUUUGGACUGUCCCUGUGCUUCGUAGCGGCGGUAGUGAUUGUCGCUUACUACUUCGACAAGAAGAGAUCUUUUGCCACGGGUCUCUCCGUCUGCGGGAGCGGCAUCGGGACCUUCAUCUUUGCCCCGGUGACGCAGUACUUGCUAGCGGAGUACGGCUGGCGAGGAACUACGCUGAUUCUCGCGGGGCUGUUCUUUAAUUUGGCUGUCUGCGGGUCGCCGCACAUCGGGAACUCGGUCUCUGCUAAUCCAGUGGACGCUGACUGUCUCAGGAGGAUUCACAAGGAAGACAACAACGGCAAGCUCUUUUCUAGUCUUCUUACCUUGCCGACGUUCUUGAAGAACGGAGACCAGGUUCCUCUGGAGGUCCUUGAUCUUUUGUCGACGCGUAAAGAUGUUUAUAAUGUCUUGAUGCACAACUAUCCCAGGCUCUUGACUUCCUCGAGGAGCAUCAGCGACUCCGCGACGCUAAAUGACAUGGCAAACUGCCCAACUGUAACCGGCAGCCCUCAUAGUCUAGACGCCCAGCAGACUACUCAUCAAAAACAGUUCAAGUUUCUUAAUAAACAGCACAAACAUAUUAGCAAAAAAUUAAAUACUGUUAAGUUAAGUUCAGAUAAAGUUUCGAGCUCGGAACUCCAGAACAACGACGAAAUUGCCUUCAAUAUUGCUUAUUUAUGGUGGCUCAAUAAAAAUGACGCUGGGCCUUUAAAAAGAUCCGCGACUCUUGAGGCACAUCGGAGAGUCGCACCGGCUUAUUUAAAAAAUGUCAGAGUUCACAGGCACAGUCUGACUUACCGGGGUGCUAUGCUCAAUAUCAAUAGAUACCGCUUACGGGCAUCCAGUUGUCCGGAUAUUUAUAGAAAUUCAAUGACAACUAUUGCUAAGACUAAAUUUGUCUGGUACUCUGGUCUCUGGGAGUUUUGGGAUCUGCUCGUGGACAUGCUUGACUUUUCCCACUUUGCUGUUUCUAAGUUUCUUCUUUUUUCCAUUAGCAAUUUUCUGCUACACACUUGGUACGACGUGCCUUAUGUUUAUCUUACCGACAAUGCUAUUGAGAUGGGCUUCAGUGAGACCGAUGCGUCUAUUUUGAUUUCUGUUAUUGGAAUCGCUAAUAUGUUUGGCGAGAUUUUUCUUGGAUGGGCUGGAGACAGAGCGUGGGUUAACGCGUCAAUUGUCUACGCGCUUUGCAUGAUUUGUUGUGGUAUCGCUACAAGCUUAAUACCACUCGUUGAUGGUAAUUACUAUGCACUGUGCUCAGUAGCAGGAGCUUUUGGAAUAUUUAUCGCUGCUAAUUACAGUCUUACGAGUAUUAUACUUGUUGAAGUUAUUACACUUGAACGAUUUACCAAUGCUUAUGGGUUACUUCUUCUUGUUCAAGGGAUUGCUAAUCUCAUGGGUCCACCUUUAGCUGGCUGGCUCUAUGACAUUACCGGAACGUAUGAUUUAUCAUUUUAUCUCGCGGGAUUUUUCAUUGCUCUGAGCGGUGUUCUUCUGAUGGUAAUGCCGCUAAUGGGUUAUUACAAAAAAUGCAUUAGUAGAAAUAAUGCUGACGUACCAAGAGAUGAAUUAUCUGAAAUAAAUAGUGUAUGA